CAAAAAGGCAACCCACCAACCAAUCAGUCUGCAUUGGUGGCUUUUUGAGUGACGUUAUAAAUUUGGUUAUGUGCAAUGUUGGUUUCUUCUACUUCUACCAUCAUGUCUGAAGAUUCCUUUGUUCAUGAUAUCGCUAUCGAUAUUUCUAGAGCUUUAAAUCUUACUAACCCUAACGAUCUUAUUGCAAAGAAGGUUAUUCAGUUUGCAGAGACAAACAAGGAUUUUGAAAAGUUUAGUAAAGGUAAUGAGACAAAACGAUCGCGUAUGCGAUGGACUCAUACAUGUAUUAGUUUGUAGCACAUUUGGUCGAUUCAGUCGUGAAUUCUUGGCAGAGACAUACACUAAAAUUAACAAUCAUAAACAAGAAAGUAAGCCUGCACCCAGUAAUCCAAAUGCAAAACCAGUUCGAUCGGAUGCUGUAAAGAAUGAAGUCCUCAUGCUGGGCAAUAACUUGCCCGGUGGCCUCAUCACACCCAACAAAAACAAGUCAUCCAAGCCGGAUCAAGAGCGACCUAUUUUCAAAGUACCAGCUCUACCUAAUAAAUCAUUGCUUGGUCUAGACGAACUAGCACGUAAAAAACGUCAAGCAGAUGCAGCAACAGCAGCAACAUCGACCUCUUCAACAGAAAAGAAAGUUCGUUUGAGUUGGGAUGAAGAAGAGGAGGAGGAACAACAACAAUAUCAGUCCAAAUCUGAUAGUCAUGAGAGAAUUACACGACACAGGCCUAGCUAUCGCUCACAAAGAAUGGAAACACCGUCUAAUCCAGGUGGUGUCUCUGACGUAGCAUUAAAACGAUUAGAGGAUAUGAAACGACGUGAUAGACAUAGAGGAAGAACCCAUCAUGAUGAUAAAAGCCGUAAAGAGGAACCAAAGCCUUCUAUUCAACAAAAACCAGAGACGCCUAGACGUGGUGGACUUAUCAAGCGUAGUCAAUGGUCGAGUAUGACACCUAGUAACCAAGGUGCGUUUACGCCUCGUACGUCUAUAGGCAAUAUGACACCAGGAAGACAUGAUAGUGGUUAUCGUAUGUCUACAGGUGCAGCCACAGCUGCUGUCAGACGUACUUGGGACCAUAUGACACCUGCUGUUCAAUCUACAGCCUACGACGAAGUAGCGCUUGAAUAUCCAGAAGAAUUCCAAGGUGACGAAGAAGACAGAAGAAAAUGGGAGGAAGAACAAGCCCAGUUGGACAGAGAAUGGUAUCAAAUGGAAGACUAUGGUGCUGCUGACGAUACCCAUAAUGCAUUUGCUCAAUACGAAACGCAUGAUAAGCAUAAGGAAGAAGAAUUAACUCAGAAGCAACUCAAGAAACUCUCUGCUCGACAAGCACAAUACAACAGAGAUACUGAUAUGUGGGAAGCCAGUCGUAUGUUGAGUUCAGGUGUUGCUCAACGUAUUGAAGUAGACACUGAUUUUGAUGAGGAAAAUGAGGUAAGAAUGAAAAAAAAAGUUAAGAUGCAUGUCUAACUCUACAAAGAACCGUGUUCAUGUCUUGGUGCAUGACAUCAAGCCACCCUUUUUGGA